AUGAAAACAUUAACUUUAGGUUUUCAAUUUAUAUUUUUGAUUUCAUUGGAAUCAACUCGGGCAAAAGUUUUUAGGGUCAGCAGGAUGACCUGUCAAACCCUUGACAGUUCUUUGUGUCAUUUCAAAACAUGCAAAGUUGUUCAUAAGGAAAAUGGUCGAGCUGCUCUUUACUUUAACGAAGUAAUCCAUUACAAUAAACCCAUCGAUGACGUUAUACUAAAUUUGGGAGUUUUUAAAAUAUCAAAAAAUCGUCGCUUUCAAUUCGUAAAUGAAACUCUGGACUUUUGUGCCGUAAGUCGUCAGUUUGCGACUGGAAUUUUUGGAUUUGUUAUGGCUCCAAUUCUAAAUAUUUCCAACAUUAACUUCUCAUGUCCGAUACAGCAAUCGAAUAUUGUUUUUGAUGGCUUUAUCAUCGAUGAGAAUACACUCAAGGAGAUUCCCAUUCCUAAUGGUGUCUACAUGUUUAAUAUUCGAGCAGCUUAUAUGAAAAAGUGGGCAACCGAUGUGAAGAUCUACGCCAGCCGAGUGGAAAAGUAUUCAUAA